ACCAUGAUGUUUCGAGACCAGGUGGGAGUUUUGGCAGGUUGGUUCAAAGGCUGGAACGAGUGCGAGCAGACCGUGGCCUUGCUUUCCCUGUUGAAAAGAGUGAGCCGGAGUCAGGCCCGAUUCCUCCAACUCUGCCUUGAGCAUUCCCUGGCUGAUUGCACAGAGCUGCACGUUCUGGAAAAUGAAGCCAACAGCCCUGGAAUCAUUAACCAGUGGCAACAGGAAUCCAAGGACAAAGUCAUUUCUUUAUUGUUAACUCACCUGCCUCUGCUGAAGCCCGGGAACGUGGAGGCCAAGGGGGAGUACAUGAAGCUGCUGCCCAAGAUCCUGGCCCACUCCAUCGAGCACAACCAGCACAUCGAGGAGAGCCGGCAGCUCCUCUCCUACGCCUUGAUCCACCCGGCCACCUCGCUGGAGGACCGCAGCGCCUUGGCCAUGUGGCUCAACCACUUGGAGGACCGCACCUCCGCGGCAUCGGCCGCGGCGUCCGGCACCUUCGGCGGCCAGGCCAGGGGACGCUCCGACUCGGCGGAUUACGGCCAGGCGCAUUACUACCACCAAAGACAGAACUCGGACGACAAGCUGAACGGCUGGCAGAGCUCCCGGGACUCGGGCAUCUGCAUCAACGCCUCUUCCAACGCCUGGCAGGAGAAGAGCCUGGGCUGCGAGAACGGCCACUUGCCCCUCUACUCCUCCUCCUCCGUCCCGGCCACCAUCAACACCAUCGGGACCGGAACGGGCACAAUUCUCUCGAGCCAGACCCACCACAGCCCCUUGAAGCGGUCUGUGUCCCUUACCCCGCCCAUGACCGUCCCCAACCAGCCUCUUGGGCACGGAUGGAUGUCUCAUGAGGACUUGCGAGCGAGAGGACCGCCCAGCCUCCCUUCCGACCAUGCCCCCCUGUCUCCUCAAAGCAGUAUAGCCUCCUCGGGAAGCGGUGGGAGCGAGCACUUAGAAGACCAGACCUCCGCCCGUAACACAUUCCAGGAAGAAGGGAGUGGAAUGAAAGAUGUUCCUGCCUGGCUCAAAAGUCUGCGCCUCCACAAAUACGCUGCCCUUUUCUCCCAGAUGACCUACGACGAAAUGAUGGCCCUCACCGAGUGUCAGCUCGAGGCUCAAAACGUUACCAAAGGCGCGAGGCACAAAAUCGUGAUCAGUAUCCAAAAGCUAAAAGAGAGGCAGAACCUCCUCAAGUCCCUGGAACGGGACAUCCUGGAAGGUGGCAACCUCCGCGUCCCUCUCCAAGAGCUCCACCAAAUGAUCCUCACCCCGAUCAAAGCCUACUCUUCUCGGACCUCGGCCGGGGACGGACACGGCCGGGACCCGGAGUCCCGCCGCCCCACGUCUCUCAUCGUCUCCGACGGCCACGGUCCAGACUGCAAGGACUCCGCUUCCGGGGGGCUGCACCACCAUCCGCACUUGCCGGGCUGCGAGGGCGAAUCCGGAGGCAUCCCUCUGGCCGAAGGAGACAUCCCGGGGCAGUUCACGAAGGUGAUGGGGAAAGUGUGUACUCAGCUUCUUGUCUCCAGGCCAGAUGAGGAGAACAUAAGUUCCUAUCUACAGCUCAUCGACAAAUGCCUAAUCCAUGAGGCGUUUACCGAGACGCAGAAGAAACGGCUGUUGUCAUGGAAACAGCAGGUGCAAAAACUCUUCAGGUCUUUCCCUCGGAAAUCCAUCCUCGACCUCUCGGGAUAUCGGCAGCAAAGAACCCGAGGUUUUGGCCAGUCGAACUCCUUACCGACAGCGGGCUCUGUAGGUGCAGGAAUGGGCCGGCGGAACCCGCGCCAGUUCCAGAUCCCGACCCGGAACCUCCCCACUUCACGGCUGGGGCUCCUGGGACCCACCAGCCUUUUGGGGGCCACGCAGCGCAACUCGGCCGCCAACCCCACCAUCCUCAAGCAAGGGAGACAGAACCUUUGGUUUGCAAACCCCGGCGGAAGCAACAGCAUGCCCAGCCGGACUCACAGCUCAGUCCAGAGGACGCGUUCGUUGCCGGUCCACACCUCUCCGCAGACGAUGCUCAUGUUCCAGCAGCCAGAGUUCCAGGUACCAGUGACAGAACCUGAUAUCAAUAACAGGCUGGAGUCCUUGUGCCUCAGUAUGACAGAACAUGCCCUGGGAGAUGGUGUGGACCGGACCUCAACAAUCUAGAAGCCAGAGAAGCGUCAGCGCUGGCCGUGGGAAGGAUUUGGCUGCUGGACCAGUGGGAAAUGUUGAUGAUGAAUCCCGGGACGUGGAAAGGAAGGACCCUUGGAGAAGCCUCGCCGCCUUUUCAUUGCUCUUUCCUCCUUCCCUUCUCUCUCCGUCUCCAUCUCCGUCUCCUUUCCUUUCUCCCCCUUUGCUCUCAUUUCGUGAAAGCGUUGUUUAGCUUAACCGGUAUGUCGUCCAAAACAUAAAAAGUGGGCUCUUCUGGGGAGGAUUUUUUGGGAUGGAGAGCAUACAAGGCCCGGCAUCUUAGGGGCGAGAGAAUACGCUGGCGAGCCUCCGGUGGGAAUAGGGAAUGUCAAGAGGAAAGCCUUUCUCUUUCUCCUUUUGCAUCAUUAUAAAACAAAAGAGACUUUUACGUAUAUUGCUAAGAAGAAGGGAGGAACGCGUUGACUGGCUGUAAAUACGCACCGCAUUUUCGCCGACGUUCAACCCUGCGAUUGGAGCCGGGCUUUGUGUUUUGGGGAAGGGAGAGGUGCAAAUGAAAGAGCAAGGAAAAAGGCCGUUUCCCUUCCCAAAAAGAGUGGCUUUGGGUUUUGUGCACUUGUUUACACGGCGGUAGGUGGGUGGGUGUGUAGCAAAGGCUGUGUUGGGUGUGCUGCGCGCUCCUCCUGCAGCCUUUUCUCUUCUUUGCUUUGGGGGCGAAGGAAGCAUUGCGAUGGGUUUGCCCCCCAAAGAACCGCAAUCCCACUCCCUGCUGCUCUGGGUUUUAUUGUCCGUGUCCCGAAUCCACCUGCCGUGUUCAUAUGCAAACCUGUAAAUGUGUGUAUGGCUGAAAUAUCCUGCAGGACGCUGGGACAGACAGCAAAAUGCAAGGAAGGGGUCGGACGAGGCCCUUUGGCUUUUGGGCAGGAAUUUGCUGCCAGUUGCAAGGAUCCCGGGAGAGCCUUGCUUGGCUCCUCUCCCUGUCGUAAAAGAGUCUUUUGCAUGUUAUCUGUGUGAGUGUGUGUUUUUACUUCCUCCUCCUCUUCUUCCUCUCCCGAGACACUUUCUCUCCUGCUUUUUCUUCUUGUUGUUGUUUUCUUCCCCUUCUCCUCUUCUUCUCGUUGUUUUGUCCCAUUAGCCUCCUAGCCAUAGGUUUUGCCUAUUAAAAUAAGAACUGCCAAGCUGCUGCUUCUUAAAAAGGACCUCGAGCCCCAGUUUAGUUUUUUGUUUCUUGAGUAAAGAAAGGAGUUAAGAAACGUUGCAGAGCAGACGGAGGAGAAGUUGCAGGCAAGGUUUUCUGUUCCUUGGGUUGUGUUUGUGUAUCUGAGUGCAUGCAAGUGUGGGCAAAGAAGGGUGGGAGGGAAAGAGUGGGAGAUUUUAUAAUGAAGUAUCUUACAUUUGGGACUUGGCCCUACUGGUCUCAUAUCUUAGGAAGAAGUGGGCAUGUUAAGGAUGCAUGUUGGGGAGAACAGAAGCAUACCAACUUUGGGUUUGCUUUCCUCCUGAGUUUGACACAGUUAUGCAAAACCAGAAGUGUCAGGGAGCAAGUGGGCAACCCCACUCCAGGAACGGCUUCCUAGACUUCUACGAUUUCAUUUAUGGGCUUUCCAUAAAGCCAUCAGGAAUGAAAAUUAUACCCUCCUUCAGGUAUUGGGCUGCAAUCCUCAACAGUCCUGGUAAACUGAACCUAAAGGGUGAAGGAUGCUGUGAGUUGCAAUCCCACAUUGUCUGGAGGGUGACACGAUUCCUACCCCUGGACUAGGGAGAUGCACCACCUACAUCUCUUUCUGGAGAAACAUUAGGACAACUGGUGCAAACUAGAAGCAAUCCUUGAACUUGUAGUGGUGGCACAGAAAAGGGAGAUUUUUCCUUUGACCAGUUGGAUUGCCCUGUCUGGGUACAUAGCAGUGUGACCAUAUUCUUCUUGAAGGAUAUAGUGUCCAGAUUUCAGACCAUGUCUGUCCAGAUAGGAAUAGAGUAAUAUUUUUUGCUUCCCUGGCACUGUAUUCCUAUUAAUCCAGCAUAAAAUCGCAUUGACUUUUUAAAGUUGUUGCAUCACACUGCUGACUUACACCCAGCCAGUGUUCUGCCUUGGGUGAUGAGCAACACCUGCUGAAAUUCCCACUUUUGCGUGACCUCUAAGGCCCCUUCUACACUGCCAUACAAUUUGGAUUAUCAAAGCAGAUAAUCCUCAUGAUCUGCUUUGAACUGGAUUAUAUGAGUCUGCACUGCCAUAUAAUCCAGUUUAAAGCAGAUACUCUAUAUACUCAAGUAUAAGUCUAGUUUUUCAGCCCUUUCUUAGGGCUGAAAAAGCUCCCGUCAGCUUAUACUCGAGUGAGGGUCCUGGGCAGCUUCUAUUCAGAUUGGCUUAUACUUGAGUAUAAAGGUAUUCAGAGUUGGACAGUCUUAUUUUAUUUUAUUUUUUUCAUGUCAGGAGCAACCGGAGUUGCUUCUGGAGUGAGAGAAUUGGCCGUCUGUAAGGACGUUGCCCAGGGGAUGCCCGGAUGUUUUGAUGUUUUACCAUCCUUGUUUUGAUGUUUUACCUUCUCUCAUGCCCCCGCAUGGAGCUGGAGCUGACAGAGGGAGCUCAUCCGCUCUCUCCCCGGGUAGGAUUCGAACCUGGCAGCUUUUAGGUCAGCAACCCAACCUUCAAGUCACGAGGCUUUUAUCCCCUAGGCCACCGGAGGCUCCGUCUUAUUUUAUUAAAGUCUUAUUAUUAUCUUCAGUUUAUAUAAAUAUUCAAAAACAUUUAACCUACUGAUGCCUCAAAUCAUGCAAUUUUAUUAAUAUCUAUUUUUAUGUUUGAAUUUGACCCGUAGCUGCUGCAUUUCCCACCUUCGUCUUAUACUCGAGUCAAUAAGUUUUCCCAGUUUUUGUGGUAAAAUUAGGUGCCUUGGCUUAUAUUUGGUUCGGCUUAUACUCGAGUAUAUACGGUAAUCUGGAUUUUAUAUGGCAGUGUAAAAGGGGCCUAAAGGUAAAAAGGUUUGUCUCCAGUUUUCAGUCUGGUUGCCUUAAUGGUAAGAGAUAGAAGUGGUUGCGCUGUAUCUUGUCUGCUUGGCAUUGCCCACCAUGCAGCUGAGCCCAUUAUUCUGAGGGUAAUUUUGGAAAGAGACCUUUACUUCAGAGCCAGUGUGAUGUAGUAGUUUGCGGCCAAGCCGGAAUCCGAACCCAGCUCCGGAGACUAAGGUUCAAAUUCCUGCUUAGCCUCGGAAACCCACCAAGCGAGCUAGGGCAGAUCACGUGCCUCGUGAUAAAAAAGGUAAAGGUUUUCCGUGACGUUAAGUCCAGUCAUGUCCGACCCUGGGGUUGGUGCUCAUCUCCAUUUCUAAGCCGAAGAGCCGGCGUUGCCCGUAGACACCUCCAAGGUCAUGUGGCCGGCAUGACUGCAUGGAGCCCCUCGUGAUAGGGUUGUCAUAAAUUGAAAACAACUCAAAGGCACACAACAAACAGCCCUUAAGUGAGCAUAACAAAUGGAACAGUCCCAGAAACCAUGUUAAGGCGUUUGAGGUGAGAAUGCAAAAAGUACACAGAAGGAAAGUUUGUGGAUUUGGAAAGUUUGUGGAUUCAGAGAUUCCACUUCUCUCGCCACCCCACCCGUGAAGCAACCAGAGGACGCGUAGUCUCAGAAGGGUGGGACGUGGCCUUCCUGCGCCAAAGAGCCACGCAGGAGGGAAGGGUAAACAAAGCCGGCUGAGACAGCAGCCCUCUUUUCUCAAUCAGACGUUUGUCCGGAGCCGUGUUUGUGCUGGAAGGCAGACACUGCGGCCUUUCUCUGGACCUGGCAGGCAGCGCCGGUGCCGGAGGCCAGGAGGGGAAGCCAGCAAGCGGGCCGGCUCUCCUUUGACUCCUCCGCGCAAGGUCCCCACGCAGGUGGGCCGAGGAAAAAGGGAGCCAUCAGCUCUGGUUACGCGCUGCAGACAGUCUCGCCUUUCUGCCGCUGUUCUGUGCUUUGCGACUUCCGCUUGGCCACGUUGUAAUCGAGCCCCGAGUCCAGAAUGCCUUCGAAGGCUGACUCUGUCCAAAACUAGGAGGAGAUGUGAAGCCACGUAGGAGACUCCUGGAACUCUUUUAUAAGAUUCGCUUCGGGGUAAAUGCAGGGUCUGAGGCGCUUUUAUUAUUUGUGGUUACCUGGAGGUGGAAGAGAACACCUCUUUCUCACAUGCACAAGUUACUGGGAAAAAGGAGGCAUGAGUAGAGGUCGCAAAAACUCCAUGCCGUGUGCCAAUGUUUCCGUCUUGGCCUUGUAAAAGAUGUGCCAUUGCCACCUAGAGGAAUAUAUUGCUUUAAAAUAAAAUCAUAGAAUAAUAGAGUUGGAAGAGACCUCAUGGUCCAUCCAGUCCAACCCCCUGUCAAGAAGCAGGAAAUUGCAUUCAACCUCUAUACUGCGUCCAAUUCCGGGCACCACAAUUGAGGGAGAUGUUGACAAGCUGGAAAGUGUCCAGAGGAGGGUGACUAAAAUGAUCAAAGGCCUGGAGAACAAACCCUAUGAGGAGCGGCUUAAAGAGCUGGGCAUGUUUAGCCUGCAGAAGAGAAGGCUGAGAGGAGACAUGAUAGCCAUGUACAAAUAUGUGAGGGGAAGUCAUAGGGAGGGGGGAGCAAGCUUGUUUUCUGCUGCCCUGCAGACUAGGACACGGAACAAUGGCUUCAAACGACAGGAAAGAAAGGAGAUUCCACCUGAACAUCAGGAAGAACUUCCUCACUGUGAGAAAGAGCUGUUCAGCAGUGGAACUCUCUGCCCCGGACUGUGGUGGAGGCUCCUUCUUUGGAAGCUUUCAAGCAGAGUUUGGAUGGCCAUCUGUCGGGGGUGCUUUGAAUGAGAUUUUCCUGCUUCUUGCAGGGGGUUGAACUGGAUGGCCUGUGAAGUCUCUUCCAACUCUACGAUUCUAUGUUUUGGAAAUUGAAGGCACACAAUCCCUGCAAAAGUGAGAAACCCCAAAACAUCAUAUUUUUCUAACUAAGAGAACAUCUCUCUAAGGAGAUUGAUCUUAGACUCACACUAUAGAGGACCUUAGAGAGGUGUCCUCUAAGUCCCCUUCUAAUCUGAUAUAUAAUCCAGGUUAUUAAAGCAGAUAAUCUGGAUUUUAUAUGGCGGUGUACAAGUUGGCCACAGAGUCAUGCUGGAGAAUCUUUAGGUUCUCCAGCAUGACUCUGUGGUCAACUUGUAGUAAGAGUUGCAUUUGAGGAUGUAGAGCAUCUUAGAACAUUUUAAUCAAACCUACAAAUGUGGAGAGUCAAAUAUAGAACUCAAUGCUGUGACAUUUUGGCACAUCAUUGUACAAGUAAUAGAUGGUUUACAAGGACUCAUCCAAACAGCAUUCGUUUAGGGUUGGUUCUCACCAUUACAAGAACGCACUAUGCGAUAGCCAUACAGAUACUCACCAAUGUAUUAAAGUGGCAUUCUCCAUUUCGGUUUUGGUGCAGUGGAUACCCAUGUAAGAAUAAUUCCUUUAAGGAGACUUCCAAAAGUCUGCACUAAGAGACCAAAUAUUAUAAUGACCAACAACAAACUGGUUUCUUGGUCUUGUGAAGGCCCUGAGCAUCUAUUAUGGCUUCUCUGUAAGGUCUACAUCAGGCAUAGUCAAACUUGGACCCUCCAGGUGUUUUGGACUUCAACUCCCACCAUUCCUAACAGCCGAUAGGCUGUUAGGAAUGGUGGGAGUUGAAGUCCAAAACACCUGGAGGGUCCAAGUUUGACCACACCUGGUCUAUAGGUUGGAAGCUAUGCCAGUUAAACCAAUGUGAGAAACAUCAGCUCCAAAGUGUGGCAUGCCAAAAGAGUCGUGCAAAAUAUCCUAUCCAUAUAACCAUUCAUAACCCAGCUGGAUAAAACAAUGUAAUGCAAGUUAUUCUUCUCAUCCAAACUCACAAACUGUGGUAGUUCACCUUUAAACUUAUUUUCAAUUCAAGGGGGAACGAGAGUUCUCCGUACCUCAUCGACAGUCACAUUUAGUGCCAAACAUUUUGGUCUCCAUGCAGAACUUGCUGCCAUUUAUUUCUUUUGAGCUUGUAUUCAUAAAAAGAGAGAUAGAUAUAUGCGAUGACCUAUUCAAGAUGCAGUAUUUUAAAGACAUUUAAGACUUUAUUUUUUAAACAAGCAAACAAACAAAAAAGAGUGCCAAAAUAGUGUUAUUUGUUUGUUUCUCAGUGUUUACAAGAGUGUGUGAUGAACAGGAGGGAAAAGGAACAAGAAGGAAAAGAGUGGUCGUAGGAAAGGUUUGGGAAGGUGAUUUCUAAGGCAUUGACAAAGAGGUGCCUGUCCAUCAGGUUCGCUGUAAUUGCACCAAAUGGGAUUGACAUCCUGUUCAUUGCAAAAUAGUAUCGAUUGCUCCAGACAAGAGCUUGGAGAGCCUUAUUCUUGGAGAAACCUGGUGGUUAGCGAGAGACAGUUGGAGAUGGGAUUGGAUAGAGAAGCCAAGAAAAUGGCAGCGUGAAUGUUUUGUAGGAAGCUUACCCAGACUUCCUUAUCCAGGUGCCCUUUGGGUGUUUUGGACUCCAAUUCCCAUAACCUUGCAGCCAAUAUCUGGAGAAUUAUGGGAGUUGGCAGUCCAACAUUCCUGGAUGGCACCAGGUUGAGAGAAGCCGAACUAUGCAGUGUUAUUUAGUGCAGGAAUCUUGGGGAAAAGGGGGGGAUAGAAAAGGAAGAUGUUUCUCAAAGUAAUUACAAAUCUGAAAAACCUAUUUAUUCCUUUCACUUAUAACAAAAAAACAGAGUUUAUCUGAGUAUUGAGAUAUAUUAUUUUGGAUAAAAGAAAUAGACCUAUAAAUUGCUAUGGCUGGUAACCAUGAUAAAGCCCCCGAUAUUAGCAACCGUUUUCUUUUCUUUUCCUUUCUCUUCUUUCCCCUCUUUGAAUAUGCAUCUUUUUUUUUUCCAUUGACAGCAUGUAUGUACAUUGUUGUCUGGGUGCAUGUCUGUGUGUAUGUGUGUAUGUAUUUUUUUUGUUUCUGUUUCGUGCGUAAGCAAAAGGGGCUUCCCGUACGUAUUUUUUUAAGAAGCCCACUUAAAUUCCCUCUUAAACCCUGUAUUGACUGCAGGUAGAUAUUAACACAGAGCUAAGAAACAAAACGACAACCAGAAGUAAUCUAAGAGUAAAUCUAUUUAUAAGAGAGAGAAAAAAAAUGCAUGCAAAAGGUCAUGGAUGAAGUCAAAUGUUUAGUAUUUAAAAAAACAAACAAAGUGGCAGUGCCUUUCGUUUUUGUAUUUUUCCCAUUUAUCGCCAAAUGCAACUGUUUUAUAUUAAGCAAUUAUAUGAUAAGUGUCAGAACAAAAUGCGAAAUAUUUCACUACAUAGAAAUGUGUGGAGUUCUAUAUUUUUCUUUCUUUCUUUCUUUCUUGCUCUCAUUACCAGAGUGUGUCAAGGUGGUUUUCUCAGGCUUGUUCCGCCAGAGGCAACUUUUUUCUAUGCGAUUAUCACGUAGGACAUUUAUAUUGGUGCUUUUUUGUCUUAUUUUUAGUGGUUUAUGACAAUUAUUGGAUGGGGAAAUGCAAAUAGAUCCAUGUCACUGGACUGAGGCUGUGGCAGAGAGGGAGGAGGCAAGGAUACCUGGCUUUUAAGGCUUUGUUUGGGGACUAGUUUUGGGAGGGGAGAGCUGAGCAGAGCAUCGUAAAGGUUGGGGAUAUUUUUCCCGCUCUUGCACUGUGAGACCGUCUACACUGCAACGCGAACCAGUCUGGCCUUUCCAAGUGGCCUUGGCCGUGUUUCCACACCGCAGAAACAAAACUGUACCAUCUACAGGUCUGAGCAGCACUUCCUCGGUUGGAGACUGAACCGAUUGCUUAGAGAACUUAUUUUGGAGGAUGGAAAGCAACUGCCAUUCGGGACAUUUCAGCAGUAGCAUUUGGAUGCCUUCAUGAAGCUUGUCUUGCUGUGACUGAUGUUGAUCCAUCAGGAUGAAACCAACCGGGGCAACCUCUCCGAAAUAGCUACAUCCAUCACCAAACAUGCCAGAAGCCUACAGACUUGGCCCUGAAAAGGAUGGCUGGUUGUUCUAGUCAAGGUGCUUUGAGAGGACUGGUUUCUGAACAUCUCUACUUGAAUCCAUUCUUGGCUGAUCCAGGAGAUGAUAGAAUCCUAGAGUUGGAAGAGACCCCAUGGGCCAUCCAGUUCAACCCAUUUUGUCAAGCAGGAAAACACAAUAAAAACUCUCCCAACAGAUAGCUAUAUAGCCUCUGCCUAAAAGCCUCCUGAAGACUCCCAAGCAGCAUAUUUUACUACCAAACAACUCUUGACCAUCAGAAAGUUCUUAAUAUUUAGGUGGGAUCUCAUUUUCCUGCCAUUUGAACCCAUCACUGUAUUGUUUCCUAGUCUCCAGAGCAGCAGAAAACAAGCUUGCCCUUUUCUCCUCAAUGAGAUAUCCUUUCCAAUAUUUAAACAUGGCUAUUGUGUCCCUUUAAACUUCCCUUCUCCAGGCUAAACAUUUCUAACUCUCUUAAGGUGUUCACUGUUUCCAGUCCUUUGAUUAUUGUGGUGACCCUUUUCCAGAUACGUUCCCUCUUCUCCGUAUCCUUGGUUUGUCCCAGAACUGGACAUAUCUUCAAGGGUAUCAUGAAGAAGAUGAAGAAAGCUUAUUUUCUGCUGCUUUAGAGACUGAUGUAUUCCACCUACAAGAAAAGAUAGUCCCAUCUAAACAUUUGGAAGACCUACUGCAGAUAAUCAUGUAUUAAGUCUGGAAAUUUUGUUGGAAAACAGCCCAUGAAACCUGGGUUGACUUAUCCAAUGGUUUGCUAUGAGUUAUGGUACUCCUAGGAACCAUCUCUAUGUAUAGUAGCAAAAGGUGAGAACUUUGUCCCUGGAGAACCUGAAAGGACCAUCAGAUUGUUCUACUCUCACCAUUACCAGCUUUCUUCUCUAUGCAGAAUGACCCUCGACUUAUCCAUGGGUCAAUUAAAAACCCAUAAUCUUUGCGCCACAAACCUAUCCAUGAACUUACAAGUAUCGAUGGCACUUCACCAUAAGAGGUGUUUGAUAGUAGAAUAGACUGCCUUGAAAGAAAGGUGGUAGCCUCCUUCUUUGGAAGUCUUUUCAACCAAGUUUGGAUGGACAUCUUUCAAGAGUUGGACUGAGGUUGGACUAAUAGAACCUUGGAGUCUCUCCGCACACGGUGCUUCUAAGCUACAUAGGAAAGGAAAGGACUUCACUCCUUGUAUCUUGAACAUUAUCAGACAUUCAAGCCUUGGGAUUAGGCAGAAGGCUUGGAUUCAUCAAGGCUGGAGUAUGAACUCGAUGGCAAAGGAGUCCCAAAAAUGCUGCUUUAUGUUCUCAACUGGUUGGUGGGUUUCAUCCAAGGUGCGCAGAAUCUGCCACAUGGUUUAUUUUGCUCUCAGAAACGAUUUCCGCAAACUCCGUGAACUCUCCUUCUCCCGCGGCCUGGCAGUGCCUUUUCUCUCUCCUUUUCCUGGACGGGGCCCAAGGGAGAACGAUGCUGAGGAAAACAAGCCUUUUCUUUUGAGGUGUCGUUCCCUGCUCCUGUUCGGCCCAAGCGAGCUGCUAUAAUCCCAACCCGAAGCCAAGAAGAUGCGACGGCAAGGCGUUUCCGAAAUCAUCAAAGGAAGAAGAGGUUGCUUUCCAACUCGGUCGAAUCUUGCUCCGUGAAUGAGCAAACAAAUUGUGUUGGACAUAUGGAUCUGUUAGCAGUUUGUAUUGUGGCUACCUAUAGAAUUAGGUGCCGCUCCGAAGACCCACCUUUCAAUCCCACCUUCUGUAUUUUGCUGGUCAACUUUUUCUCCAUAAAUUUCCAUACGGUCAUACAAAAGUUCUCGUCUUCUCCGAAAGGUAAAUACAACGCAACGUCAUUUCGUUAUGCCUUGGGGCUCCUUUGUGUUACUUUGUGUUCCAAGGGGCAAGGCGAAACGGCAUCACGUCUAUGCCCUAAAUGUGUCCCCAAAAACUAGAGGUUUUCUGGAGCAUUAGCGUUGUAAUUAACGUCCACAGCUUUGGAGGUUUUUCUGGAUGCGCCUCAUGCCAAGAAGUCGACAGAACAGAUAGAUCUCGAAAGGAGGGAGUAUAAUUUUGCACACAGCUACGAUUUAAAAAAAACACUAAAGUUGCUUUUAUAUUCAAGUCAUCCGAGUUUGCGAAGUGAGUUUUAUUUUAUUUUUUUUGUAUUCCUUUACUUAAAAAAAAAAAGAAGAAGCAAAAAGUGAAUGUGUAUUCCUCUGGGAGGAAUGGCAAGAAAAUAGGAAUGUUCAUAAAUGUUUAAACACAACACAAAACAAAAGAACAGCCCAGAAAACAUCCUCCCUUAUUAAUAUAUAACCCUCCCUUAUGUAUUUAUGCCUACUGUAAGCAAAUGAAAAAAAAAAGAGCUUGGAUUUCCAUUCUGUUGCAUGCCAGCUUUCGGCAAAAAAAAUGCCCUCUGUUGUACAUGCAUGCAUUUUUAGCCUUGACUUUUCCUUUUUUUUCCCCUCUUAUUAUUAUUUUGUUUUUUGGGGGGUUGCGGCGGGUGUAUUUUCCCCUGUAUAAAAUUAGUGCACAAAGAAAUAUUUUUGCCUAGUUAUUGUUGCUAAGCAAUGCAUAUUUUUAAAAAAAGAAAAUUUGCCAUAUAUGGAAAUUAGCAUGUUUGUUUACACGUAAUCGGCUUCUUGAGUAUUACGGAAGGAGGAGUCGGGGCGCAAGGAAGAUGGAUCCUUUAAACGUUCAAGGAGUCUGUAAUUUCUUUUGCAAGUGUACAGUUUUCAAAUUGUCGUUCUUACUGGUGAAACACCCUUGUGAUUUCAACUUGCUACAAACAUAUAUUUAUUAUUCGUUCUCCUCCCGUGUAAGUAGUAAUCAUUUGCCUAUGUUUCAUAUCAACGUUAUAUUGAAAGUGAAGGGAGAGGAUUAAUACAAGAUUUUGUAACA